AUGGGCACCGAGGGUGCCAUAUUAGUCGAGGGGGAGAAUGGUCGGAAGAGGAAGCGCGACUGGCUCAACCCGUCCAAAUGGCUGGCCGGCUACACGCGGUGGGCCUACAAGCGACCCAUCCGGAUCUUCCUGCUGGUGUGCGCCAUACUCAUCCUGUGCACGAUCGGUGCCGUCGCCUCCAACGCUUGGGACUUGAGCGAUGAGGGUGACGAAUGGACGCUGAAGAAGAACAGACACGCAAAGCAAGACAAGGCCAUCCAGGAGGCAGAAGACCUGUUGGGCAGCUUCAUCAAACAGUCUAAUCGCAGCGAGGACAACUUUUUCCUGAAGCUGGGCUUCAUAUACAAAGGCACGGGCGACCCUCAGAACAUGUUUACUGAGGAGAACCUUGCGAUCAUGAAAGAGGUUGAGAACACGAUGCUCCAGAACGCAAAGUUUGUCAACUUCUGUGAGCUGAACUACACGGAUGUGGACAACCCCAUAUGCAUCAAUCCGCAGUCGCCCCUGCCCUUCUUUUUCCAGUUCAAUGCUUCCAACCAGUCGCAAGGUUAUGGCGAACCUAUUCGAACCGUGGCAGAGGGGCUGGCGAUCAUGAGCGAGGAUUUGUUCACAAACGGCUUCUUCUUCACAGGGGAAUUCACUGAAUCAGGGAACACAACAUCCAAAUAUACUCAGAGCCGCUACUCAUUCGGUCUGCCAGUGCCUGGCUACAACAACAGCAAUGAAGAAGAUGAAGACCAGAUUGAGUAUGUCUAUGACAACUUCCUCAAGGAAGUGGAGAAUGAUUUGUUUGAGGUGCUGGGCAUGGAAGCCAAGAAUUUUUUCCGCACGGAGCACUGUGACUCUGGCAAACUGCGUGGCGUGGAGGUCGUUUUUGGUGCCUUUGCACUGCAGAAUGAGGAGUUCGAGCGGGUUGUCUGGAAGGACUUCACGUGGGCUUUCCUGAGCCUGCUGUCUGUGUGGCUGUACAUGAUGUUCCACCUGGGCUCCUUCUUCCUGUCUUGCGUGGGCGCCUUCGAGGUGUUCAUGGCCUUCCCCACAGGGCUGUUCUUCUACAGGACAAUCUUUGGGGUGGACUAUUUCGCACAGCUGCACAUCCUGAUCAUCUUCAUCCUUCUGGGUCUGGGCGCCGACGACGUCUUUGUGUUCACGGAUGCCUUCAAGCAGUCAGAGGCCAUGCCUGGCGUGGGAAAGAGCUUGCCGGAGCGGCUGCAGUACACUGCCCACAGGGCCUCCAAGGCCGUCUUUGUGACUUCUUUCACCACGGCUGCCGCAUUCUUUGCCACCGCGACCUCCGGGCUGAUGCCCAUGAGGGCGUUUGGGAUAUUUGCCGGGAUCUGUAUUGUGCUGCUCUUCCUGAUCAACGUGUUACUCAUGCCACCAGCGCUGGUGCUCUGGGCCGGGUACACACCUUGGUGCGUGAGGCGCUGCUGCUGCUGCUGCCCACCAGUGUGCAGAUUUCUCCAUCGCUGCCUGCCUUGCUGCGUUUGCUGCCAUGUGGUCGACGAUGAAGGAUUCGACCUUUCAUCCGGGGCUGCUUUCAAGGAAGUGGCCGCGAACGCGGACAACUUGGAGGGGGGUAAGUUGACUGUGCAGACAGCGCAUCCAGAGGAUCAGGUGUAUGAGAGGUGCACCAGUGCGCUGACUGCGGAGGCUGUCUCAAAAAUGAGGCCGCUGGAAAGGUUCUUCAAUGGCAAGUACUUCAACUUCCUCAAGGUGGCCAGGUGGCCACUCAUCAUUGCGGGCGCCGUCCUGUUUGGCGUCGCCAUGUACUACAUCACCACCUUCUCCCCACCCGAAGAGACGGAGGAGUGGUGGCCUGACUACCACAACUUCAACAAGUACCAAGACUUGACGGACCGUGGGGGGCCCUUCAUUUCAGAGGAUGACGACACCUUUGCAACGGUCAAGCUGGUGUGGGGCCUGCGGGGCAUGGACUUGACGGGUUAUAAUGUUUGGGACCCAGAUGACUGGGGAGUGGUGGAGUACGACACAGAAUUCAGAUUGUCGUCCCCUGCGGAGCAAAGCCACCUGCUAGGCGCGUGCGGCAAGGCGCGGGAGGCCCUCUGUACCGCCAGCGCCUGCGAUGCCGACGAGAACGGCGACAAGUUCCUCGUCCGCUUCGACCGCUCCAAGCCGGACUCGUUCGAGCGCUGCUGGAUCGAAGACAUGGACGAGUACGUCCGCUCAAACACCAGCCUGGGCUACCCAGACGGCCUGCCGGUCAACGAGACCGAUUUCCUGCCCGUGUUGAAGCUCUUCAUGGACACGGAGGUGUUCCUGUUGAAGUACCAGGGGCACGUUGGCCUGUUUGGGGGUGACGACUUGAAGUACGUGCAGCUUGAACUGACGUCCACCUACCGGCCGCCCACGGCGCACCAGAAGACGGAGCCGGUACUGAACGCGUGGGAGGAUUUCAUUGUUGGGCUGAACGAGGAGGCGGCGGCAAACGGCGCGGACGGGGUCAGCGCGGGCUACCAGACUGGAGGGUAUUCCUGGGUAUGGAUAUUUUCGCAGAAGGCCCUCAUCGACAACGCUGUCCAGGGCAUCUUCAUUGUUUUUGCCAUCGCCUUUGUGGUUCUCAACUUCGCCACAGGAAACGUUGUCAUCUCAAUCAUCGCCAUUUUCACUGUGGCGGGCAUUGUGACAUCUGUCAUGGGAUUGGCAGUGAAGGGCAUCCAGGACUGGGACUUUGGUGUCGCAGAGUCCAUCGUCUCUGUCAUUCUGGUUGGCUUCUCAAUGGACUACUCCCUCCACUUGGCAGACUCUUACAUCGAGAGCGAGCGCUCCACCAGGCUGGAUCGUACCCAGGACUCGCUAACGCGCCUGGGCAUCUCUGUGACUGCUGGCGCCAUCACCACACUGACUUCGGGCCUCUUCCUGUGGGGUGCCAUACUGACCUUCUUUACCAAGUUCGCCUUCAUGAUCACUUCGACCAUUAUCACCUCCUACCUGUGGAGCAUGCUUUUCUUCCCGUCCAUGGCAAUGACAUUCGGCCCCGAGGGCAGCUUUGGGGACUGGUCGACGCUGAUUGCCGCCAUGAGAGGCUGGUGCGGCAGGGGAGGGGAGGGCAAAUGA